AUGUCGUUCCAUUUUGGCACCGAAGAGACGAUUUUGUUCGAUUUCUGGAAAACUGAAACAGCCGUGGGAAUCGUGGUCUCAUGUUUUGUCACUGUUCUUCUGGCCUUUUUGAUGGAGACGAUCCGUUUUUUCCGCGAUUACCGAAAAGCUCAAAUCCAAAUUCAUCAGCCACCAAUCGCUCCAGAAGAUCGCUUGAAAAGAUCUCCUCAACUCGAUUUGAUCGAUCCACUUCUCCAACUUUUCCAGCUCACCAUUGCCUACUGCUUGAUGCUUAUUUUCAUGACAUUCAACGUCUAUCUUUGCUUCUUUACUGUCGUCGGAGAAAUCAUCUCUCACUUGCUCUACCGUACCCUCUACCCACACCUCAACUCUUCUUCUUCUGGUCAUUGUUAG